UGGGACUUGGUAACGUGAUUCGGGGGCUUCGCGUGUGUCGAUAUAAACCUUUUAGCGCCGGCUCGACGCUGUAGGCGAAACUUUGGAGACCAGGCCGACGCUGCUCCUCCUCCUCCUCCUCCUCCUCAUCCAACCUCCAUCCUCGGUCGUCGUCCUCCUUAUCUUUCUCUUCUUCCUCUUGCUUCUCCUCUUCCUUCUCUUCAUCUUCCUCCGCCGGACAGGCCUCUGGUCCCUCGCCUCUCCUGCAGGAUGUCCAUUUUGCAGCUAAAACAAUCUAAGGAAGAGGUGAGGUCCUUAGUCCUACAUUGAAUCGGCUGCAAGAACUGGAUAGAAAGUCUUAUCAUUCAAACCACUGCCCUGUCCACUGUUAUCUGUUCAGGUGCAUGUCACCUUGAGUCUAACUUAAGAGAUUCUUCCAAAACUGUCGGUGGUGACUGAUGCCCAGAUUAGACGAACACUUCUGGAGUUGUUCUUGCACUACCAGAGGGAGGCAUAAAGGCAACCUCCGUGCUGGCACUGCUAGGCUGACUGAGAAAGUGGGAGACAUGCUAAAUCCCUCCGUCUCCGGCCCUUCCCUGGUACUGGUGGGACAAGGUGCCAUCAACACUGAAACCACAGACACGAACAGGAACACUAACACCAAAAGCAACAACAGCAGAGCCCCCAGUAACAGUUGGCACCAUCAUUUGGUGCAGCGAAGUGUUGUGCUCUUUGCAGUCGGUGUCUUCCUAGCCCUGGUCCUCAACUUGCUUCAGAUACAGAGGAAUGUCACACUUUUCCCAGAAGAAGUUAUUGCUACAAUCUUUUCUUCUGCCUGGUGGGUUCCUCCAUGCUGUGGAACAGCAGCUGCUGUUGUUGGUUUGCUCUAUCCCUGUAUUGACAGUCACCUUGGAGAACCUCACAAGUUUAAGAGAGAAUGGGCCAGUGUAAUGCGCUGCAUAGCAGUGUUUGUUGGUAUUAACCAUGCAAGUGCUAAACUGGAUUUUGCCAAUAAUGUUCAACUGUCAUUGACUUUAGCUGCUUUGUCUUUGGGCCUUUGGUGGACUUUUGAUCGGUCAAGAAGUGGCCUUGGGCUUGGAAUUACAAUAGCAUUUCUAGCAACUCUGAUCACUCAGUUUCUUGUGUAUAAUGGUGUUUAUCAGUAUACAUCUCCUGAUUUUCUUUAUAUCCGUUCUUGGCUGCCGUGUAUUUUUUUCUCAGGUGGUGUGACAGUAGGAAACAUAGGACGACAACUGGCCAUGAUCAAGAGCCUCCUGUUAGGGGUUCUGAUUCUUUUUAACCCAAACAUCUAAGAAGGAGGGAGAGAAGACAUCGUUAAAUAAGAGAUGAUUUACUACGGACAAUAAGUACCCUGAAAGCUCAACUGGUCACCCAGAGCUAAGGUGGUUGAGAAGAAGCAGUGGUAGGAAUUAGAGAUAAAAGAAUUGGGAGGAUCACCUGAGACAUGGGGGAGCCAUGACAGGAAGGGCAUAGAAGCAAGAUUAAUUUAGUUGGAAGGCAAGAUUUAUUUAGAUUAAUUGGUAGAGUAGGAGGUUGUAGAGGAAGAGACUUGUAUACGUAAUAAUAGGAAGCCACUGAAGGGUUUUGAGUGGGAAGAUGACAAAAGAGUAUUUUAAGAACACUAAUUUGGUGAAGUCAAGUAAAAUCUUAAUCCAGUGGCUCAUAAGGCAAGUAAGUGAUUCUGGAUUCUUGAAAGCUAUGAUUGCAGAACGCAAGCUUUGGCAGAUUAUACUGAGAUGAAAUGACAUUGAGUCUUGGUCUAUCAGAGGGCUGUAUUUAUGUUGUCUUAAGUACCAUCCUAAUUAAGUACACUGAGACUCAUUACCAGGAAUUUGGAGAUUAGCUGAUUUUUGAGCCAGCGAUUUAUAAAAGCAAUCUAUUAAGAAUCUGAAGAGUUAAAAUCUGUAAUUUGUUGAAAGUGGGUCUGAAAGAGUACUCCCACUGAAAUCAACAGUCCUUGAGGUAUUCAUGUAAAUAACCUAGCAGAAAGGAGAUUUAUAAUAUUCAUAGGAUCACAUAGAUUGUCUUGUCCAGGUUCUUCUUUCUCAUUGUGAAGAAACUGAAGCCCAGUGACCUGCCUAAGGUAGAGAUUCAAACCUAGAUUCUAUGACUAUCCAGCACCCUCCUUUGGCAUGAUCAUGGGAUAAUGAUGCUGGCAGUGGAAAUUAAAGAAUGUAAAAGGCCUUAUAAAGGAUCUUAAUAAACUGAACAGGGUAAGGAAAAUCUGCCUUUGCUAAUGAAGCUUCUGCCACAUUAGGUUUUAUUAAGUACUAAUAUCAGGACAGACUUUGUUACUGGAAACAGUUGGGUAGAGCAGUGACAUAUAUUUGUGAACAGCUGAAUAAAAUUACUGUAGGAUUUUUUGUGAUAAUAUUGGAAUUUGGUCAUAGUAUAUAGUAUAGAUUGCAAAAUAAGCAUGUUCUGGGACUAUAUUAUUUCUAGAGAAGUGUCAAGACCAGAACUUCAAAAUUUAAAGCAGCUUUAAAAAUGAAGGAAAUUUAGAAGCUGUAUUACGGCACUGUUUGAAGGCUUUCACCAGUUAAGGUCUUCCUUUCACUAAUCCAGAUCACUAUGUCCUUUUAGUUCAUGGUUGUCUUAAGCUGCUAUGGCCAAAAAAAAAAAAAAAAAAGGCAGCAAUCAACCUAAAGUUGAUCUUCUACAAACAUAAGUAGGCUGGUCCUUGUGACAGACUGUCUAUAUCAUUGGUAAGUUUUCAAACUUGGCAAGACCUGCCCGAGAUCAUACACUGUUGACAUAGCUUCGAGAACCCAUCUCCACACUAUUGUGAGGUAUCAGUGCACACCUUUUUAGUGAAAGAAUAAUUACAUAACUUUUAAAUGAUAGCUUCAUUCCUUCACUCCCAGAAAAUUAUCCUGGAUUCUUAAGUAAUAACUCUGGCUAAUCUGGAAAGGCUUCCACUAAAGGCCCAUUUGACUUAUUCGAGGCUUGUUUUUUAUUAUAUUUGAAGUAAUUUAUCACUAGAAAGUUGCUUAGUGAGUGCUGCUGACUUUUUCAGCCAUAGCAAUUCACCAAAGCUAUCUGCUAAUGUGAUGAGAGGUUAUGAUCAUGUGUUUACCCAAAGGUAUCUUUCUCACUAUUUCUCUAAUUCAGUUUCAUAAUUGUCAUUAAGUAACAAUUGAUAUAAUAAAAAAAAAAAAGUCUAAAAUAUCUUUUAAAAGAAA